CACUGUUUUGAAACAGGAAGAUGAUGUUAGGUGUUUUGAAACAGAAAGAUGUCAGAUGCUUCUUUGUUGAGUAGAUGUCAUUUUCGUGGUGACUAGAUAUGGACCACAACAUCUUGGUUUUGUUUCAGCCAGAAAUGAUGAGUAGUUAGUGGUAGGCUGGCAGGAGAAGCUGUUCAGUCAGUGUCCUUAUAACAAAUAAGAAUUUACUGUUUAGGAUAGUUUGAUGUUGCAUAGUAAGGUGUGUGUGUGUGUGUGUGUGUGCACAAUAUGAAGUGGGUUUGUUCCAGAGUGAGUCAGUAUGCCAGACUCCGCUGGAGAGACAAUACCACACAGAGAUCAUGGCUCAGGAGCGGACCAGGGGCAGACGGAACUGCAGGAUUUUCACCUACACCGAUUCUGACUGCUACACCAAUUGGGAAGGGGUGGUUUUCAACAGAAUCUCGAUUUCUGUAACGGUUCUGUAACCAAAGACUCUGGGAGACGGGAAGCAAGUAUAGGGGGAGGAUUUUAAAGGGGGAGCUGGAGCAGACGUGACAAUUUCAUUAUUCAAAACAAAGCUUUUACCUAUUUUCUGUCCAAAAGAAACGUUAGUGUUUUAAGGCUGUUUUUGAUGUACUCACUACAGCAUUCCCAGAGUAUGGUGACGCAGGUCAAGUCCAAUCCUACCUUACUGGCACAUAGAAUGGCCAAUGUCAGACACAGACGACAGGACAGACGCCCAGUUGACAGCACCAUCCCCAAGUCCAGGCUGAUUACCUGGGAGCCCUUGGAGGACUUUGUGAAGACCAGCCACAUGGUCAACACACCUCUACAGACCAUGCACAUCAUGGGGGACCUGGGACCAGCAGGCAAACUUGGCCAAAAGGAGAAGGAAUGCUUGUCUGCACGAUAAGAGCAGAUGGAAAUGGAGUGGUUACCAUCAAACCAGACUUCAACAAAGGCAAGGAGCCCUACAGGCCAGUGACCCGCACCUGCUGAAGUCAAAAUGUUUUACCCCAAGCUCAAGUUGAGACGGAGGGGGAGAAGAGGGAGGUGUGGCGUCAGACCAGAGGAGACAGAACAGCAACAGUGCAUAUAUUUUUUCACCUUUAUUUAACCAGCGUUAUGUACGUCAUAAAGACUACCUCAACAGCUUAUAAAGACUACCUCAACAGCUUGGUUGGCCAGGACUGAAAUGAAUUUCCAAUAAUGUUGAAUGAUGCAUUGCCCAACAAACUGCAUGUAAUGGAUCUAAUUUACUGAAAGAAAGAUGGAUCGUAAUGAUGAGAGAAUCAAAAGAGCUUUAAGACGCCGUCCUUAUGUGUUGAAAACAGUGAGGGUGAACACCCCUGAUUCCGUGUUGUGGCCAACCGGCAAGGUGCACAGAAGGCCAAAGCCUUCUAAUUCAGUGCAGACCCCUCAGAUCCACAAAAGGCCUCCAAUCAUUGUGAGCUAUGGGCAGGACCAGACAUCUGGGGAUGGAUGGAGCAUCAAUCCAGAGCCUCUCAGCCAGUCUGGAAGGGUGACUCGGCUGAUAGAGAGAAAAUAUGAUGACCUGAUCUCAUCCUCCAGUUCUGAUGACUUUUCCAUCUACUCCUUCACUGACUGUGAAUCUGAGUGUGAUGAUGAGGAUCAUGAAAGGAGGACCCCAAAGCUGAAAGUUGAGAAUGGAAAGGUGACAAAGCUUGAUGUGAGGGAUAUGGAUGAGGAUGAUCUGUCUCUCCACUCCUUCGAUGAGUCAGACUUCCUGAGCCCAGGGAAGGUCUCAGGUCCUGUAUCUGUCAAGAAUGGCCUCUCUCCUCUUGUGAGCUCAGCACACCGGACCCUGGCUGAAGCCCUACGGGCCCUGCCCUCUGCUGUAGGCUCUCCCUACCCAGUAAAUGUUCCAAGGCCUCGGACUCCUCUCAACCCUGUCAUUAUCGCUCCGCCCCGAACAGAGAACUUCCCAUACCGCCACAGCCCUCGCCUGGCUCCCAUCACCAACCUGAGCGAGACCGGCAGGAAGCUGCUCCAGGAAAUGGCUGGAGUGGCCCCACAGGAAGGGAAGGUCAAUAAGAAAAAGAAGGGCAAGGCCAAAAAGGAAUUGAAGCAAGAGAAGGCUAGUAAGACGCAACAGAUGGGAAAUGUUGGAGAAAGUAAGGAGGAGGACAAGAAAGAGGAAAAGAAGAGUCUGAGGAAGAGAGAUGGAAAUCUACACCUGUUUAGACCUUGGAGGAUAUGGCUUCAGAUGAAAGACAGCAGAGAGAUGCAGAACGUAAAAGCUUCAAACACUGUGAUAUGCAAAUGUAGGACCAUUGUACACUGAAGUGAAGCAUGCAUCUGGUCUGAAGCAUGUCAAAAGAGUAGAAAUUAACUGGGACUGGAGGAAUACAUCACAUUUAAACUAAAUUAGCAUGUAUCUGAUUUAGCUACACUCAUCUAUCUGUACUUGAAUUGUGCUGUUUGAAACGUGCAUUUCCAAUAAAGCUUUUUAAAUUGCA